AUGGCGUUUCUACAGCAGUUUGCACUUCUUCUGGCAUUAUUAAUCGUUUUCAGUACUUCAUGCAAGGCUGCAGCAUUAGAAGUAGAUACUGUUGAAGUAGGCCAUAACUAUUCUUCAAAGUCAACAGCCACUGAGGAUACUAGUACCUCUACCAACAAUUCCACCGAUGGACAAGCCCCUUCGUCAAUUACUACAUUACCUAUUGUCAUCUGGAAAUGGCAUCAUGUGGAAACUCCAUACCUGGUGGCCCUCUGGAUAUUGACCUGUUGGCUUUGUAAAUUAGUGUGUGAACUGAACCACAAUGCCACCAGUGUGAUCCCAGAGAGUGGUCUGCUCAUCAUCCUGGGCUUUAUUUUGGGAGGAAUCGUCUGGGGAGCAGACAAAGCGCAGACUUUCAAACUGAUCCCCGUCAAUUUCUUCUACUACUUGCUUCCCCAGAUCGUCUUGGAUGCAAGUUACUGCAUGCCAAACAAACUAUUCUUCAGCAACCUGGGUGCCAUUCUCAUCCAUGCCGUUAUCGGAACGUGCUGGAAUGCAGGCACAGUGGGCGUUGCGCUAUGGGCCUGCUAUGAAGGGGGUGCAAUGGGGACCUUGAACAUCGGCCCUCUGCAGUUCCUGUUAUUUGGUGCCCUAAUGUCUGCUGUGGACCCUGUGGCUGUGAUUGGCGUGUUUGAGGAAGUGCAUGUGAAUGAAGUGCUCUACAUCCUGGUGUUUGGAGAGUCCCUGCUCAAUGAUGGUGUCACAGUGGUACUUUAUAAUGUGUUUGAUGCAUUUGUGUCUCUGGGAGGCCCGAAGAUCAACGCCGCAGAGAUUAUCAAAGGAAUAGUUUCGUUCUUUGUUGUGUCAUUUGGAGGCUCGUUUCUUGGUGUUGUGUUUGCCGUUCUGAUAUCCAUGCUGACCAGGAUUACCAAGAACGUCCAGGUCAUCGAAGCCGGCUUCAUCAUUGUGCUUGGCUACUUGUCUUACCUGACGGCUGAGAUGCUCUCACUGUCUGCCAUACUUUCGAUCACUUUCUGUGGUGUCUGCUGUCAGAAGUACAUUAACGCCAACAUGGAUGAGAAAUCUGUCAUAACGUUACGUUACACCCUGAAGAUGAUGGCCAAUGGCUCAGAGACCAUGAUCUUCGUCUUCCUGGGAGUUUCAGCCAUUGAUAAAAACAUCUGGGUUUGGAACACUGGCUUCAUCCUCCUCACACUCUUCUUUGUUGUUGUAUUCAGGUUCAUGGUGAAACACGCAACGCCUUCAGGACAAGGUGGCGGCGGCAACAAUACCACAGGGAUCACCAUGAAACCACUGGUUCAAUGGCUUAAGGUUAAAAAGGCAACUCAGUCAGAUCUGACACUCAAUGGAAAAAUGAACAACAGGGCUUUUGAACACAUACUGACAGCAAUGGAGGACAUCUGUGGCCGAAUGGGAGAUAAUUGGUGGACCAGACAUUGGAAGCAUUUUGACGACAAGUAUGUCUGCUGGCUACUAAUGAAGAGCGAUGCCAGAGAGCACAAUGACCCAAUCUUUGGUGCCUUCCACAAACUCAAUCUGGAGGAUGCCUCUAAAUACAUCACUGAAGGUGAACGCAAAGGUUCUCUGGCUUUCAUUCGUAAUUAUGACAGUGCCUCUGUCGACUUCAAGAAGAAGCUUGCUUUAGAGUAUGCAGACAUCAUGCCUAAUAUUAUGGCUGACAUGUCAGAAUAUGAUUUUGGCAUUGACAAUGUUCCAGUCACCUCUGUCAUGAAGAACACUAUUCCAUCUGUAUCCCUGGAUAUCCAUGAGCAAGACAGGAAGAGCAUGCCUAAUGACCUCAGUGCCCAUCAUAUACUAGAUCAGCACCUGUACAAGAGCAGAAGAGAUAACCGUGCCACUUACAGCCGCAGUCACUAUAACACCUCAGAGAAUCCAGACGAAAUGCAGGAGAUCUUUCAAAGAACCAUGAGAAGCCGCCUUGAUUCCUUCAAAUCGGCUAAGAUGGGUGUUAACCCUGCGAAAAAACUCUCCAAACAUCCCAAGAAGGAUUCAACACACAAGCCUAAUGGAAAGCCAGCGGACCCACACAGAACCCAUCCAUAUGGAGAUGAAGAUUUUGAGUUUUCUGCUGACAGCGCAUCUAGCAGUGAAAUUGCUGGUCAUUUUCCCAGGAGAAGCACAAAUGCACCUGGUGCUGGUGUUGAUAAUCCAGCGUUCAUACCCGAGAUGGACACCUCUCCACCCAUGCGGAACCCACCCUGGCAAACAGAGACAGCAAACAACACGGCUGUGGCACCUUCCCAGAGAGCUCAGGGUCGACUGCCCUGGACGCCCACCAACCUGAGACAUCUAGCGCCGCUGAGAAUGAGCACACACUCCACAGACUCCUUAGCGUUGGCUGAUGCUUCGGUUGAUGACGAGGCGCCUGAGGAAAAGCCCGGAACACAUCAUACUAAAUUGUAAUCUGAUAUUGUUCCAGCAAUAACCUGCCAAAUUUGCGAUUAGGUUAAUCCUCUGCAUUUCAUUUUAGGCAGUUAUGAUGUCAUGAGACCAGAGAUUAAGGAAUCAUAGUGUCGAAUCGUAGUAUUCAUCAUAUAUCUUAAAAAAUGUAUAUACACAUGCAGCAGUUACUUGAAGUCACAUUGCUAUAUAUACAUGCAUACAUAUAAGCAAAGGGAAGAAAAUAAAUACAGAUUUAGAAGAGACACUGUCAUUGAAGUACUUAUGUAUGAGGUUAUGGAAUGCUCUUGAGGGUUUCUUUAUAAAUCCACAUUGUUGUGGAAGCUGUUAUGGCACUUUUAUCACACUGACAGCAUGCUAGAAAAUAGAAAACAUUGAGCUCAAAAGACAAAAUCAUUAUACUCAAACAUAUUUUGUCUGAGUUAAGAACUGAGAAGCAAUUGUCUAUUGGUUCUAUAUUCAGGUACGUUCUUGACCUAUCUUGAUAUUUUUUUGACCUUGGACAUGUCUGUCUAUACACAUUUUUUAAAUCCGCAUGUUGUAUAUGAUUAUUUAUUAUUGCAUGGUCAU